AUGGUUACGACCACUACGAUACGGGGCUUCAUCACUUCGCCUCGUAUAUCAUUCAGCGCAGUGACAUCACCAGCUACGUCGAGCAGACUGGGUACGAUCAGAGAGGCCGAUAGGGUGCACACAGGGACUACGGGAGAUAACGACGAUAAUAUUAACAAUUCAAUAGGCACGGGGAACAGCCACCAAUAUCAGCAGCAGUCCACGGAGCCUCCAACGUCAUCGGCGGGCGAUGUGGACCAGCGUCAGCCGCAUCUGUUCCCCCAAAUUGUAAUCAAUACACCCCCAAACAUGGCUACGCUUCACGCCCCUAGGACUUUCAGCCCUGCUGUCACCACUCACCCACCACUCAACACCAGUGUUACUGAUACGUGCAAUAGCAAUAUUUCUAGUCAACCAAUUAACAAUAAUAAUAAUAGUAUCACAACAACAAAUAAUAAUCUAGUCAAUAAUACAGUAAACCUAUCCAUUACAAGCAAUAGUUUCACGACUGAUGGCAGCAGGGCAGAUACUCCUAAUAGCGCGAGCAAUGGCGGCAAUGGCAACAAUAAUAACAAUAAUUUUAGUAUUUUUAAUUCUAGUCGACACACUGCUGCUGCCGAGAGCGACAGUGGCGUCAAUUACCGUGGCUGCAAUAAUAAUAAUAAUAACAAUAACAACAAUUCUUACAUCAGUCGCGGUAAUACUAAUGACGUCACUGUCGCGAACAGUAGCAGCAGUAAUAAUAAUAAUAAUGACAAUGACAAAUUAAACAAUGUGGUUAGACACAAUAAAUGGACGCAAGUUACAGGCGGUCGCGGCGGUCGCAAUGGUGGACGCAACACAUUUAACAAUAAUAGUAGAGUCACCACCAAUAGCCCAGUUUUACAUACCUCUAACAUUUUUAAUUCUUUAAACCAUGACGACAGUGAAGAUGUAAGCCAAGGGUUAGAUCCGUGUCCGGGCGGUCGUUUGGGUGUCCCGCGUGACACUUCGGGCCACAUACUCCAGCGCGACACAAAUGUAUCUUUGCGCGACCACAUAACUUCCAAAACCCUCCUUUGCCAAACUCCCAGCGUGAAACCACAAUAA